AUUAAUUAUCUCUGGUCUUUUCAUGCAUCACUAGUUAAUAAAAACUAUUAUACGAACUUGACAGUUAUAAUAUCAAACUGAGGUACCUACACUUUGCUUUUAGAUUGGUAUUGGCAUACUCUUUGGUAUUGGCUUGGAAUGUUUCUUAUUGUAAGAAAAGUAUACUGAAACAUAACGCCAAAAUUUUUACUGAUUAAACCAAUAUUUUAAUUGUCUGAUAACCAUGACUUCUUCAUACGUUGACAUGAGUUUGGAUGAUAUUAUUCAAAAAAAGAAGAGAGGAUUAUCUAGGCCCAAAUCAAAAAUGAAGAACCAAUUUGUACUUGCUAAAAACAAUAUUGUUGACGCGAGAAAUAAAAUAAUAUCAAAAAAAAGAACUCAAAUAACUGAUGCUAGAGAAAAAUUAGCUGAACUUGCAAGACAAAAGGAUGCACGCUUAAGAUUAGAGCAAAUGAGAGCAAAACGCGCAAUGGGUAAAAUACAAGGAGGCAUUUCUAUGCCACAAAAUCGUGGAAAGCUUUCAAAACUUCAAACCAAUAGAGAAAGAGUGUUCACAGAUCCUUCUAGACAUGUCAUUUCACAGCCCCUUGCAGCAAGGACUCUCAGAAAGCAAACAAUCCAUAACAAAAAAAAUAUUGGAGACCGAUAUGACAGGGCAGUCGAAACCAGAACUAUAGCUAAAUCGUCAUUGAAACCAAUAAUUAGAACAAUUGAAAAUGACAUUGAAAUAAUUGAUGACUCAAUGGAAGAAGAUUAUGAACCUGUAAGAAAAUCAUUUGCUAACCGCAAAGCUAGCCUGCAGCUCAAAAUUGUUACUCACAAUAAUGAAGCACACAGAACUGCUAUAAUUGAAAAAGAAAAAAGCCCUCCGAGACCACCAUCCAUAUUAAAAAAAAGACCUAUGGCUGCAUUACGUAGUGAAAAUAAAACUGAAAAGUCAGAAAAACCAGCCCAUGAAUAUAGAAUCAUAGUGAGUAAUUUACGAAGCACUGUUACAGGAGGAGACAUUGAGGAGUUGUUUGGUGAUGUCGGGGGAAUGGUUGAAUCACGAUUGGUUAGACCUGGGACUGCUGAAGUAAUUUACAAAAGUGUUGAAGAUGCCCAGAGAGCAGUAGACCUUUAUCAUAAUAGGCAACUAGAUGGACAGCCAAUGAACUGCCUUCUUGUUACACCACGUUCCACAUCUGCUUCUUCAAGGAACAGUACCAAACCUGCACUAUACAGCACAAAUUCAAAUGUGGAGCCAGAUAUAUCAACUUUUCAUAAAGUAUUAUUUAGUAACUUCUAAGGGAAGCUUGAAGUUUUAAAAGUAAGAUCAAGAAACAUGCUUAAAAUACUAAGUUGUAGUUUUUAUAGACAUCAGUGUGAAAUUAAAUUCUUCAAAUUGAACAAAUUAAUACAGUACAGUAUACAGUAAUAAUAAAUCUAUUGCAUUUUGGUUUAAACAUUAAUUAUAGAAAUAAAUAAACAUACCUAAAAUAA